UAUCCAGUUAGGGGACUGAGUUAACUUAGAAAUUAGUAUUCUCUAGACAUCCGAGCUGUGCGUCCACUGCAUAAUUAUCAUUAUUCCCGCAUCUGUUUGUUUAACGCAUUUAAAAAUUACAGCAUAAAUUCGGCGAUAGCGACGCAAAACUUCAUGGCUAAACUACGUAGUCUCAACGAUCUGUCGGAGACGGAAGCGCAACGUGAGAUUGCAUCAACUGAUGCUGUUCUGUUUGAUGUGGAUGGAGUUUUGCUGUCCGAUAAAGCAGUGCUUCCUGGAGCCGAAGCUGCAGUGCAAAAGUUGAGGGCUUUGGGCAAACAGAUUGGAUUUGUCACCAACAACACCUUGUACACACUGGAAAAAAUACAGGCCAAUUUGGCUCAAUUUAGUGCACAAUUUGACGAAGUAAUAAACCCGACGGCUGCCUUGUUGGAAUAUCUGCGAAAAAUCGACUUCCAAAAGGACAUUUAUAUGAUUUCCACAUCCGAACCUAAGCGACUAGUACGGGCAGCUGGAUACAAUGUUUUAGAAUUCAAGGAUAUCCUACCUGAAAAAAUUGAGCCUACUUUGGGAGCAGUUUACGAAGCCCAGGAACUAUCUUUGCAGAGAUGUAAAAAUGUUGGUCUGGUGUAUUUGGAUUAUGACAUGAAUUGUGGAUAUGGAGAUAUACAAUGCGCCUUAAAUAUUAUUAAGCGCAUUGAUGGCGUCCAAGUAUUGAGUGGCCUAAAUGAUGAUGAGGUUCCUGGGCCCAAUGGUGCCUUAAUAG